AUGGGUUGCCCGAAGCCUGUUGCUGUUGAUCUCUUAGCCGACCUACCGGCCGACGUUGAUACUGUUCCAGCUCAGUCCAUGCCCCCACUAAAGCCAAAAAGAAUAAAAAAGGCUCAGCCCAAGGCUAAAGCCACUGUAGUUGAGACUGAAGAUACUCUGCCAAUUUCACAAUUGGCUGGGAGUAAGAAGACUUCUUCUGCUCCUGCAAAAAAGUCGGCUGAAACACAGCCAGCAGAAUCUUCAAAGUCAAAGAAAGCGAGGUCGUCCUCUGCAACGACUUCGGGGUCCAAAAAACCCGACGUCCCCUGGGCCCCAAAGAUUACUUUGGAGGACAGGCCAAUUAUGUCCAGUGAAAGCGCUGAUGACAUUAAUGUCGGCGUCGCCCUUAGCACUGCUCUUCUCCUUCCAGGGGACCUAGAGCGAAAUGCUGAGUACACCGAGGCCAUAAGGAAGGUUGCUGAAGCCGAGAAGAUAGAGGCCGAGGACAGAAAGGCCCAAGUCGAGAAGGAACUGCAGGAGGCCCUGGCCACCAAGGAUGUCGAAAUUAAGGAGGCUGACGAAAAGGCAUACGCCCAGGGUAUGGCUGACGUCACUGAAGAAUACAAACUUCAGAAACUUGAUCUUCUUGCUGAUUCACCUUUCCGCAAUGCCGAUGCUAUCCCUCUUCCCUUCCCACCACCUCCACCUCCAAGUCAACCUGAGGACGCUUCUGAAUCUGAGGAUGAAGAUGGAGGUGAGGACGAGGAUGAGGCUGAAACUUUGGUAAGGAAACCCAGGGAGGCUGUUGGGACUAAGUCUCCUUCUCUGAAUGAGCAGGGUUCGUCCGACGUUCCUCAAGUCAACAAGAGUAUUGACGAAACUCUUGCCGAGAUUGAUGCCGAAAUUGCUGCAGAUAAGGAAGCCGAGGUAUCUCUUCAGGAGACUUCUGAGGUUCAGAUCCAGCCAGAUGCUAAUAUUGAAAAGUCUUAA